GUUGAGAAGCGAAUACAACGAGGAUCAAAAUUAUGUUACCUAUUAGCGGGCAUUACUCAGCCUUACCUUUGAAAUGAUUGGCCAGCCAGAAAGUGCAAACAUUUAAUAUCCAUUUUCAUACCAAACAUUUAUAUACAAGAACUACGAGCAACUACGUUUGAAGUCGAUAAAAUGAAACUUAGAACAUUAACCCUAAGACCUUCGAUUACCAUUUUCCACCUAGAAGGUCUGAAAUUUGAGAAUUGAUCUUUUCGGCACGUGAAAUUAGGAAGGAGAGAAUAAAAUGAAGAUCCAAAUGUCUUUGCUAUACUAGAGACGGAUGAGAAAAUAUCGGCACUUUCAAGAGCUAAGAGCGAAUUGAAGGAUUUACAACCUAGUCGGCCUUGAUUUCAAAAAAAAUCCGCUGACAGCUUACAAAAUUUGUAAUAUUUCAAGCACACAAGUAAUUUCUUGAUUUGUACGGUAUAUGCGAUUCACGCGAUGAACAAUACGUUUUCCUUAGAUCGUGUGUACGGCGAGAUGAGCUGCUACAGUUUGAUGCAGGUGGACUUUAAGCAACGUUGUCGUUUAUCUAAGAAAAUUAUUAACUGCAAACAUAUUACUCACUUUUUCGAUUAUUUCCGGUUGAUGUAUUGCAAUAUGAAUGUUCAAACCAAAACUAAAGAAAUAGGUAUUGUGUGCAUAUUCAUAAUGAUUGCAAUUGUUCUGAUGUUGACACUCGUGCAUAUAUUGAGUAAAUAUUUUGGAGCCGUGCUGAAAAUUAUGUCGGUCAAGCUUCAUAUGAAUGAAUAUGUAGCAGGCGCUACUCUAUUGUCCUUCGGCAAUGCCAUUCCGGAUCUGGCGGUCAAUUUAAUGCCGGUUCGUGAAGAGGCACCAUUAUUUACAAUAUCUAUAAGCAAUGCUCUAGCUGUUAUUCUGCUCAGUGGGGGCAUGGUGUGUUUCCUUAGACCUUUCAAAAUAAAUGGGCAUUUUGCCAUGCGUGAUCUUCUAUUUCUGAUGUUAGCCUGCGAGGUCCUGACCUAUAUAGUUAUCACAGGCAAACGGACAACUCAAAUAGAGGCCAUAGUGCUUAUUUUAUUGUAUAUCUUUUACUUUGUUGUUAUUAUUGUGGAUCUAAAGCUGACACGUCUAACCAUCAAAUCGCUCAAGAAACAGAUUAAUGAGCUUCAAAAAAAUACAUCGACACCUUAUCGAACUCGACUAAUACACGAGAAGCAACUUCAGUUGCUCAAACUGGAAAAGGACAAUAUAUUGCUUAUACACAGCCAAACGGUAACUGCCGAAUUAUACAACAUGCAGCGCAGAGCUGCGUCGAAUUUCAAGAUGAAAGAUCAAAGCAAGGAAAUGUAUAGUACAUCAAGAAUUAAGCCAUCAACUCAUGUGCUUAACAUUGAGGAAACUCGAAACAUUUUACAUAAUCCAAGUAAUCCAAGAAAUCUAUUCUUAUGCACUGAGUUUUGGGAAACGCUAGUACCGAUCGAUUUGCAGGAUUGGAAGAUCGCCGGCUGGUGCAAACGCCUCUAUCUCAUUCUCACAUCACCCAUUGUACUAUUUUGCACCAUUUUCAUACCUAUCAUUGACUACCAACAGCCCAAGCAUGGUUGGAGUAAGCUUCUAAAUUGCAUCCAAAUUAUUAUUACUCCCAUUCUGCUGAUCACCUUGACAGAAGCAUUGUUUACCAUGAACAUGCGAGAUUGGCAUGUGACAUUAUGCAUUAAGAAUGCAUCGUGGUCCAUGUUUCUUACUGUACCAGUGGCCAUCAUCAUGUUGUUCCAGACACGCACGGAUCAGCCACCACGGUAUCAUCUGCUCUUUCUCACACUUACUGCCGUGACCUCUCUGCUCAUUGUAACAACGUGUGCCAUCGAGCUUGAGGUACUUUGCUGUAUUAUUGGAUUGGUCUUAAAUUUGACCGAGAAUUUCGUUGCUAGCAGCGUGCGAUCCUCUGCCGCGGCUAUUGCUGAUUUAAUUAUGAACGCGGAAGUGGCCAUUCAGGGCUAUGAAAGAAUGGCGUUUGCUGCUGUGCUGGCCGGACCACUCUUCAGCAUAACGGUCUGCAUUGGUAUUCCAUGCUAUUUCAAUAAAUUUGCCCAGCUCAAGGGCUCGUCGUACUGGAUUUAUGGACGGCAUGGUACAAAUUCUUACAUUUUCUUUAUGCUUAUGAUUUUCACAACAAUGUUAUGGACAUUGACAUUUAAUUUCUCCGCUAGACGUUCUGCGGGCAUCUUUUCAUUCAUAAUGUUUAUUCUGUUUAUUUUAUAUGCCGCGCUUGCUGAGUGGGACUUUGUCCAUGACUUAUCAUAUGAUAGGAUUUUCGAACCCCAAUAAAUAAAUAUGCACAGUCUAAACAAGAAGCAAUGCCUUAGUUGCGAUCGCCCGACUAGGAGAUAUAUACCCUGUACUGAAAACUCGAAUACUCACGCACGCUGUCAAUGACAUAAUGGUCCGACCCGGGGGGCUCCGAAAUCGCACUGCCUGCAACAGCUGCAACGGAUGGAUGGAAAGUUUCAAGACGAUAGCUUUGAAAGUGAAAGGCGCUGCUCGUAACACAUUGCAUGACAAAAUUAUAAUACCAUCUCAAACAAUAUACUUUAAAAACGUGUAUUACAUAAUAUGCUUAAAUAUAUAAACAUAAAUAUAAGUCUGAGAUG